UCUACGACGAAAACAUUAUUUACCGACCGGUUAAGUAGAUCGUCGAAAAAGAAGAGCUAGGGGGUUUCAAUGUAAAUAAUUCCGUAGGGUAGUUUAUAGUUCUCACAUUUCUCCUCAUCUUUAUUCGACUUUCAACUAUCAACGGAAGUCUAUCAUUCACACGUGAAAUAUUGUUUUAUCAUAAUUAUUAAGAUCAUUAUUAAGGUUAUCUUACUGAGUAAACUUAACCUUAAUUUAAUAACGUUUUACAUUUAUAAAGAAAUCAAGGACCCAUAGAUAAUGGAACAUCGUUGUAUGUGUGAAGGUGUACAUGAUACAACAGAUUUAGGAGUUGGUUAUAAUUCAUUGUACGAAAAAAUAGACAAAGACAGAGUAGAGUGCUUGAAUGAGCUUGAGGAAGGCACUGGUGUUAAAGUUUUCAAAACAUGGGAAGAAAGACUAGAUAAAUCAGAGUAUGUUGAAAGUGAUACUGAUUCUGAGCUUUUGUUUAAUAUACCUUUUACUGGAAAUGUAAAGUUAAAGGGCCUUAUUGUGAUUAGCAAUGAAGAAUAUUUUCCUACUAGCGUAAAACUGUAUAAGAACCGUCCACACAUGCUGAUUGAUGAUAGACCAACUCCGGAUCAAGAAUUUGAAUUGAUUACAGAUAUAUAUGGAGUACAUGAAUAUCCCAUAAAAACAGUCAAGUUUUCGUCAGUACAGCAUUUGAGCCUUCAUUUCAGUGGUAACAUAGAAAAACUUCAAAUUUAUUACAUUGGUCUCAAAGGAGAAUGGACGCCAGCUCAUAAACAUGGUGUAACUAUUUGUACAUACGAAGCACGUCCCCUAAUCAGCGAUCAUCCAACAGAUUUUAAUGAAGUUGGCAGAGCAAUUAAAUGAUAUGAAUUAAAACCUGUUUUUGCAAAAUUAUGGUUUUAAAUACAGGAAACUAAUAUUGAAAAGUAAUAAAAUAAUAUAUUCUAUUAUGGCAGUUCUAUAUAAUUAAUGUUUUUGAAUGAAGAACACAUUCAUAAAUUUUGGUAACAGUUUUAUUUUAAUUACGUAUAUGUAUAUGUUCGUAUCUUAUUGGAAUUAUGUGUUCUAUGAUAAAACGUACAUUAAAGACCUUACAUAUUUAACAAA